AUGGAGAAGUUCUUUCUAUACAUGCUGGUUUUGUGUUGGAAGAUAAUUCCGUGCACCACCUGUGAGCUAUCUAACAUUACCAUUGUGCUGGAGAAGGAGGAAUGUGCUGCCUGCAUCUCUGUAAACGCAACGUUUUGUUCCGGAUACUGCGACACGAAGGAUCCAAACUUAAAGUAUCCCCACAAGUCUGAAAAACAAAGGGUCUGCACAUACACUGAGGUCACUUAUGAAACUGUGAAAAUCCCUGGCUGUCCUGAGAAAGUAAAUCCUUUCUACACUUAUCCGGUGGCGGUUGAUUGUCAUUGUGGACGAUGUAAUUCUGAAACUACCGACUGUACAGUGAGAGGCUUAGGACCUACUCACUGUUCCCUCAGCCAAGACUGA